AUGAGGCUUGUUUGGGGCGCGCACGCCAAGCCGACAAACCGAGGAGCCCUUGCAGCGCCCCCAAUUACAGGCGGUCCGGCGCCAAAAUUAGCGGGGCACGACACCACCUCGCGGGCCCUUCCUGCAAGGUACCAGGCACCCCAGGGUUGGCCCCUGGCUCCCCAGGCACUGCCCGAGGCACCCGCUGUGGCUAGUGCGGUACGGGACGGAGUACCUCCCAGCAACUGCGUGUUGCCCCGGCGGCUGCUCUCAGGCGUCCAUGCUUCUCCUCAGGCGCUUUGCGACGGGCAGCUGCAGCGCACUCGGCCGCCACCUGGCAGCUGUCCGAUCAGCUGUCGGCCCCUCGGCAGCGUGCACGUCCAGCGCCACGGCCACUGCCCACCCCUAGAUCCUGGGCUCUCCCUCGCUAUCGCCUUCCACUGGCCCCGUCCACUGUCGCGAGAGACGCCAGACUCCAGGCCUGAAACCGCCUGGUGCCGCACCAGCGGUCGCUUACCAAAUCCCAGGCCUUUUCUACACGGCAUAUUACUCUGCAUGGGUGAUGACUUCGCCGAGCUAUCCAGCGCCGUCGAGGCUUCGACGGCUUGUAGUGGCGUGGAUAACGCCCGACACGUCCCGGCCUCGCACCGCCUCUCGCAUGGCACAGCUGCGAAGCCAGCUCGUCUCCUACUCUCCCCGUCCGCCAAUUACGAGAUCCUAGAUCUCGUGGCCACAACGAUCACAACCAGAACCUGCUGGAUUACGUAUGCGGUGUCCAGGCGUUGCGUGUGCUUGUUUUGCCCUGCAAGCGCGGCCUGCAAGGUUCAGCAUAGUAUCGGACCAGUCGAUGCCCAGAGGCCCAUGCCGCACCUCAAACCUCAAACAGAAGCGGGAUGAGGCAAUCAACGCACCCAGACCCUUGGCUCGCCCAUCUAAUUAAUAUCUCAUCUACCAACCGCGCUGGCUCUGAUUGCAAGGCUCUGCUGGGUUCGGUUAGACGUUUGAUCGCCUUCCGUUUUGUUGUUGUUCUUGUUUUCCCACAUUGCCGUCAG